AUGGGGUUCGAUCGCGUGGGCACUUCGCCCAAGUUCUUGGGGGCAUCAUUGCGCAGCCUGACUUUGGGUCUUUUGACUGUCCAAUUCUCUGCAUUCAUUCUGGUCCUUCAUUAUUCUCGCGUGAUGCCGACGCCGGACGGGCACCGCUACCUCCCCUCCACGGCCGUCUUCCUCGUCGAAGUCCUAAAGCUGGCGGUCUCGCUGACGAUAUCGUUGUACGAGUUUUCGCUUACGGCGCCGCGUUCCAUGCCGGCGACUUCUCUUCUCGGAGCCCUGGGGAAUGCCGUCUUCGCAGGAGAUAGCUGGAAGAUGGCCGUGCCGGCCCUGCUUUACACUCUAUCCAACAGUUUGCAAUAUGUCGGCAUCUCCAACCUCGAUGCGGCCACAUUCCACGUCGUGUAUCAGUUCAAGAUCUUUGUGACUGCCGUGCUAAGCGUGGUACUCUUGCGGAGAAAGAUAACAGCGCGGCAGUGGAUAUCUCUCAUCAUGCUUAUGGUUGGGGUUGCCAUCGUCUCCUGGCCUCAAGGCUCCGGCAGCUCGUCCCUGGCCACCAGUCAUCAUGCCCGUGUCUACGUGCCAAGGUCGGUGAAGACGCUACGCGAGCAGGGUGCUCGACUUAUGAAGAGAUCGGCUACAUACGAAGGCAUUGCAGAGGACGAACUGGCGAUGGACAAUCCCGGGAUGGAUUCGUCGCUCGGGUUGCUUGCUGUUCUGGGCGUGUGCAUCUUCUCCGGCCUGGCGGGUGUCUACUUCGAAAAGGUCAUCAAGGAAUCCCCAAAGGCCACAUCGCUCUGGAUCCGAAACGUGCAAUUGUCGACGUAUUCCCUUUUUCCUGCAUUUUUCAUCGGAGUCAUUUUCCUCGACGGCGAAACGGUGGCCAAGUACGGCUUCUUUGCCGGGUAUAAUUGGGUUGUGCUUUUGUCAAUCGUCAUUCAGACGUUUGGCGGCAUCAUUGCGGCAUUCUGCAUAUACUAUGCAGACAACAUAUCAAAGAAUUUUGCUAUCAGUAUUAGCAUGGUUUUGAGCAGUCUAGCGAGUUUUGUUUUCUUCGACUUCUCCAUGUCGAGACAUUUUCUCGUCGGCGCAUCGAUUGUCAUGUUGGCGACCAUCCUUUACAACACGGAAGAAGCCCGUGUGCAACAAACCCCCACGAUAAAGGUUUUCGCCGAGGAGAAGCUCGCGUCGAAUGCUGCAGCAGAGGCGAACGACAUGUCCAUACAGAUUCCUAAGACGCCCCUGAGCCACGAAGAGACAGCUCUGGCGACUUCGCGCCCUGGGUCGCCGAGUCAUAAGAAACGAAAGAACGAGUCCCUGGGCUAUUUCACGAAGCAUCAUGACUGA